GCUCGCAUCUUUCACCGUCGCCCUCAACAUCGACGACGAUGAGCGCAGGCUUUGUUCCCCCGCCACCGGGCAUGCCCCCGCCACCACCCGGGAUGCCACCGCCACCGCCUGGAAUGCCAACGCCACCGCCAGGCUUUGGUCAGGGCUCGGGCUCACGUAUGCCCCCCGAAAUGCUCUCACAGAAGUCUCAGAAGUGGGUUGCGAUGCAGAAGAGGAGGUAUGGCGAGAAACGAAAGGGCGGAUACGUCGAUAUGGGGAAACAGGACUUGCCCCCAGAGCACGUCCGUAAAAUCAUUAAGGACCACGGUGACAUGAGCAACCGCAAAUUCCGAAACGACAAGCGUGUCCAUCUUGGUGCACUCAAGUACGUACCUCACGCAGUCAUGAAGUUGCUGGAGAAUAUUCCUUAUCCAUGGGAGCAAGUUCGUGAGGUCCCCGUGCUAUAUCACAUCACUGGUGCUAUCACCUUCGUGAAUGAAAUCCCCCGUGUCAUCGAACCUGUUUAUCACGCUCAAUGGAGUGCCAUGUGGCUUGCCAUGCGUCGAGAGAAGCGAGACCGUAGACACUUCAAGCGCAUGCGUUUCCCGCCGUUUGACGACGAAGAACCGCCGCUGGACUAUGGUGACAACGUUUUGGAUGUCGAACCAUUGGAAGCCAUUCAGUUGGAACUGGAUACGGAAGACGACGCUGCGAUCAUCGAUUGGUUCUACGACCCCAAGCCGUUGAUCGACACGCCAUCUGUGAACGGGCCAUCCUACCGUUAUUGGUCACUGACCUUGCCCGUCAUGGCUAACUUGUACCGUUUAGGCCGUACUCUCCUGUCGGACCAACCUGACAACAAUUCCGCUUAUCUUUUCGACAAAAAAUCGUUCUUCACCGCCAAGGCAUUAAACAUGGCCAUUCCCGGGGGACCGAAGUUCGAGCCUCUUUAUCGCGACAUGGACUUGUUUGAUGAGGACUGGAACGAGUUCAAUGACAUUAACAAGAUCAUCAUUCGGCAACAGAUUCGCACCGAGUACAAGGUCGCCUUCCCCCAUCUCUACAACUCCCUUCCCCGUUCGGUUCACCUGUCACCGUACCAUCACCCCAAGAAUGUGUACAUCCGUACUGACGACCCUGACCUUCCCGCCUUCUACUUCGACCCACUUAUCAACCCCAUUUCUCUCCGGGGUAUGACGCCUAAGAAUGCACCUCUGGUUUCGCAUGAAGAUGUGAUUUUCGGGCCUAAUGGUGCGGACGACGACGACUUUGAGUUGCCUGAGGAUGUUGAGCCUUUCCUUGCGGAGCAGCCACUCGAAAACGAUUUGGCUGCUGAAGGUAUUGCGCUGUGGUGGGCACCCGAUCCGUAUAACCGCCGUUCGGGACGGACAAGGCGUGCUCAGGACAUUCCUCUCGUCAAGAAUUGGUAUCUGGAGCAUUGUCCUCCAGGCCAACCUGUCAAAGUUCGCGUGUCGUACCAGAAGCUUCUCAAGUGCUUCGUACUCAACGAAUUGAAGAGCCGCCCGGAGAAAGCUAUGACGAGAAAGAAUCUAUUCCGUCAGCUCAAAGCGACGAAGUUCUUCCAAACGACGAGACUGGAUUGGGUAGAAGCGGGCUUGCAAGUCUGCAGGCAAGGCUACAACAUGCUUAAUCUGUUGAUCCAUCGCAAGCCUGUCAAGACGCUGACAACGAAGGAGCGAAAGAAGUCUCGUUUCGGAAAUGCUUUCCAUCUCUGCCGCGAGAUCUUGCGUCUUACCAAGCUUGUCGUUGAUGCCCAUGUCCAAUACCGGCUCGGCAACGUCGAUGCGUUUCAGCUCGCUGAUGCGCUGCAAUAUAUUUUUGGCCACAUCGGUGCAUUGACCGGAAUGUACCGUUACAAGUAUAAGUUGAUGAGACAAGUUCGCAUGACGAAGGACCUCAAGCACUUAAUUUAUUACCGUUUCAACACCGGUCCCGUCGGCAAGGGUCCCGGUUGCGGCUUUUGGGCUCCUGGAUGGCGCGUCUGGCUCUUUUUCAUGCGCGGUAUUGUCCCGCUGCUCGAACGCUGGCUAGGCAAUCUCUUGGCUCGUCAGUUCGAAGGGCGUAAUAGCAAGGGCAUCGCCAAAACUGUUACCAAGCAGCGUGUCGAAUCGCAUUACGAUCUUGAACUGCGUGCGGCAGUUAUGCACGAUAUCCUCGACAUGAUGCCCGAGUCAAUCAAGCAAAACAAAGCGAAGACCAUUUUGCAACAUCUGUCCGAAGCUUGGAGAUGCUGGAAGGCCAACAUCCCUUGGAAAGUUCCAGGAAUGCCGACUGCCAUUGAAAAUAUCAUCCUCCGGUAUGUGAAAAACAAGGCGGACUGGUGGGUCAGUGUAGCCCAUUAUAACCGGGAACGUAUUCGACGUGGUGCAACUGUCGACAAGGCCGUCGUAAAGAAGAACUUGGGGCGUCUCACACGGUUAUACUUGAAGGCUGAACAGGAGAGGCAGCACGGCUACCUGAAGGAUGGUCCAUAUGUUAGUGCAGAAGAGGCUGUCGCCAUCUACACUGCGACCGUCCACUGGCUUGAAAGUCGUAAAUUCGCUCCCAUACCCUUCCCCCCUCUGUCUUACAAGCAUGAUACGAAAUUGCUUGUCUUGGCGCUCGAGAAACUUAAAGAGGCGUACUCGGUCAAGGGCCGUCUCAACCAGUCGCAGCGAGAGGAAUUGGCACUUAUCGAGCAAGCUUACGAUAAUCCUCACGAAUGCAAGUUCCAGUUCAUUUCUUCGUUGCGAUGUCUGUCGCGAAUCAAACGUCUUCUCUUGACGCAACGUGCUUUCAAGGAAGCAGGCAUCGAAUUUUUCGAUACUUACGAUAAGCUCAUCCCGUGUUACGACAUUGAGCCGGUAGAGAAGAUUACCGAUGCGUACCUUGAUCAGUUCUUGUUCUUCGAGGCUGACAAGCGUGGACUUUUCCCUGCAUGGAUCAAGCCUGCAGAUACGGAGCCUCCACCGCUAUUGGUUUACAAGUGGUGCCAGGGUAUCAACAACCUAACGGAUAUUUGGGAGACAAGCGAAGGAGAGUGCGUCGUUAUGAUGGAAACCGUCUUCUCUAGAGUGUAUGAGAAGAUCGACCUAACGCUCCUCAACCGUCUCCUCCGAUUGAUCAUGGACCACAACUUGGCGGACUACAUAACUGCGAAGAACAACACUGUGCUUACCUACAAGGAUAUGGCGCAUACGAACGCCUACGGUCUUAUUCGCGGGUUGCAGUUCUCAGCGUUUGUGUUCCAAUACUACGGGCUCGUCCUUGAUAUUCUCGUCCUCGGCCUGCAGCGAGCCAGUGAGAUGGCCGGGCCGCCUCAAAUGCCAAACAAUUUCUUGCAGUACCGUGAUUCUGCCACCGAAACGCGACAUCCGAUCCGUCUCUACUCUCGCUACGUGGACCGUUUGCACAUUCUCUUCCGCUUCACCGCUGAUGAAGCUCGCGACCUCAUCCAACGUUAUCUCAGCGCCAAUCCCGACCCCACGAACAACAAUGUCAUAGGUUACAACAACAAGCGUUGCUGGCCUCGGGACUGCCGCAUGCGGCUUAUUAAACACGAUGUCAACCUUGGAAGAGCCGUCUUCUGGAACGUCAAACAGAGUCUGCCCAGGUCGCUAACCACCAUUGAAUGGGAAGACACUUUCGUCAGUGUAUACUCUAGAGAGAACCCACAAUUACUCUUCUCGAUGAGUGGUUUCGAGGUUCGGAUACUACCGAAGAUUAGGACGUUGGGCGGAGAGCAGUUCUCGCUGAAGGAUGCGGUUUGGAACCUCACAAAUGAGCAGACCAAAGAGCGUACUGCGCAAGCCUUCCUCCGUGUAUCUGAUGAAGGUAUCCAACAAUUCAACAACCGUAUUCGACAGGUCCUUAUGAGUUCCGGUUCCACAACAUUCUCCAAGAUUGUGAACAAGUGGAAUACUGCGUUGAUCGGUCUGAUGACAUACUACCGUGAAGCUGUCAUCCACACCAACGAGUUGUUGGAUGCCCUUGUCAAGGCUGAGAACAAGAUUCAGACCCGUGUCAAGAUCGGGCUGAACAGUAAGAUGCCUUCACGUUUCCCGCCAGUCGUUUUCUACACGCCGAAGGAGCUUGGUGGUCUCGGUAUGUUGUCGAUGGGUCACGUUCUGAUUCCACAAAGCGACCUGAGGUGGUCGAAGCAAACUGACGUUGGGGUUACUCACUUCCGCGCCGGUAUGUCCCACGAGGAGGACCAACUCAUACCCAACUUGUACCGUUAUCUCCAGCCAUGGGAGGCGGAAUUCCUGGAUUCAGCGCGUGUUUGGUCAGAGUACUCCAUGAAGCGGAAGGAAGCGAACGCUCAAAAUCGUCGUCUUACUCUGGAAGACCUCGAAGAUAGCUGGGACAGAGGUAUCCCCCGUAUCAAUACUCUCUUCCAGAAGGAUCGUCAUACUCUCGCCUAUGAUCGCGGUUGGCGUGUUCGUACAGAUUGGAAGCAAUACCAGCUGCUCAAACACAAUCCAUUCUGGUGGACUUCACAACGGCACGACGGAAAGCUUUGGCAGCUUAACAACUACCGAGUCGAUGUUAUCGCUGCGUUGGGUGGUGUCGAAGGUAUCUUGGAGCACACGUUAUUCAAGGGCACGUAUUUCCCAACUUGGGAGGGUCUCUUCUGGGAGAAGGCAUCGGGUUUCGAAGAGUCCAUGCGGUACAAAAAACUCACGAAUGCUCAACGUUCGGGUUUGAACCAAAUUCCCAACCGUCGGUUCACGCUUUGGUGGAGCCCGACGAUCAACCGAGCAAAUGUCUAUGUCGGUUUCCAGGUCCAACUUGAUCUGACGGGUAUCUUCAUGCACGGCAAGAUCCCCACCCUGAAGAUUAGUUUGAUCCAGAUUUUCCGUGCCCACUUGUGGCAAAAGAUUCACGAGAGUGUCGUCAUGGACUUAUGUCAAGUAUUUGAUCAGGAACUCGAGCCCCUGCAAAUCGAGACGGUGCAAAAAGAAACAAUUCACCCUCGAAAGAGUUACAAGAUGAACUCAUCCUGUGCGGAUAUCUUAUUGUUCUCGGCCUACAAGUGGAACAUAACACGGCCUUCACUCGUGACUGACAACAAGGACGUGUUGGAUGGUACAACGAGCAACAAAUACUGGAUCGACGUUCAGCUUCGCUGGGGUGACUUUGACUCGCACGAUAUCGAGCGUUAUACACGUGCGAAAUUCUUGGACUAUGUAUCUGAUUCUAUGAGUAUCUACCCGUCUCCCACUGGCGUUAUGAUCGGCAUGGACUUGGCGUACAACCUCUGGUCGGCUUAUGGCAACUGGUUCCCUGGCAUGAAACCUUUGAUCCAGCAAGCAAUGACAAAGAUCAUGAAAGCGAACCCCGCCUGCCACGUGCUGCGAGAGCGUAUUCGCAAGGGUCUCCAGCUUUAUUCCUCGGAGCCGACAGAACCCUACUUGAAUAGCCAGAACUACUCCGAAUUGUUUUCGAACCAAAUCAUUUGGUUCGUUGAUGAUACUAACGUCUACCGGGUCACCAUCCACAAGACUUUCGAGGGUAACUUGACCACUAAGCCUAUUAAUGGUGCGAUCUUUAUCUUCAACCCGAGAUCGGGUCAAUUGUUCUUGAAAAUUAUCCACACGAGUGUGUGGGCGGGUCAGAAGCGUCUCGGUCAACUCGCGAAGUGGAAGACUGCCGAGGAAGUUGCUGCCUUGGUUCGCUCAUUGCCCGUCGAAGAGCAGCCCAAACAGGUGAUCGUGACUCGCAAGGGCAUGUUGGAUCCACUCGAGGUCCACUUGCUCGACUUCCCGAAUAUCGUCAUAAAGGGUAGUGAGCUUCAACUUCCGUUCCAGGCUUGCAUGAAGAUGGAGAAGUUCGGUGACCUUAUCCUUCGUGCCACACAACCUCAGAUGGUGCUGUUUAGUUUGUACGAUGACUGGUUGAAAUCGAUCUCAAGUUACACGGCGUUCUCUCGCCUCAUCUUACUACUUCGUGGGCUGCACGUCAAUAACGAGAAAGCCAAGGUCAUUCUCCAUCCAGACAAGAACACCGUUACCGAGCCGCACUUUGUGUGGCCUACACUCACGGAUGAGGAGUGGAUCAAGGUCGAGGUUGCAAUGAAAGACCUUAUCCUAGCUGACUUCGGCAAGCGCAACAACGUCAACAUUGCUUCGUUGACUGCCAGUGAAAUUCGUGACAUCAUUCUCGGCCAGGAGAUUGUCGCACCCUCAGUACAACGACAGCAGAUGGCGGAACUGGAGAAGAGUACCGAAGCACAAGGCCAAGUAACUGCCGUUCAGACUCAAACAAGCAACAUUCACGGCGACACAAUACAAACCGUGACUACAACCAAUUACGAACAACAAGUCUUCAGUAGCAAGUCUGACUGGCGUGUCCGUGCCAUCUCCGCCACCCACCUCCCUCUCCGCUUGCAGCACAUCUACGUGUCCAAUGACGACGUGAAAGAUGACGCCGGAUCCUACACUUACGUCUUACCGAAGAACGUCCUUCGCGCGUUCAUCGCAGCCGCCGACCUCCGGACGCAGGUGGCCGCGUUCAUUUAUGGGGUAUCGCCUCCCGAUAACAAGCAAGUAAAGGAAAUUAAGGCAAUAGCGUGGCCACCUCAACGUGGGAGUAACAAUACUGUUGAGCUUCCGUCACAGCUUCCAAAGGACGACUUCCUACUCAAGGAUCUUGAGCCUCUUGGGUGGAUAAAGACUCAGGCGCUGGAACUCAACCACCUCUCACCUACAGAUGUCACAACUCAUGCCAAGCUGAUGGCUGAGCACUCUGAGUGGGGCCCAUCUUCAAUAUGUGUCACGGCGUCUUUCACGCCAGGUUCGGUUUCAUUGUCAUCGUAUUCUCUUACGAUCCCCGGCUUUGAAUGGGGUCGCAAAAAUGUGGACAACUCUGCCAAUCCGUCAGGCUUCAACCCCAAUAUGUCCGAAAGGGUUCAGCUCCUCUUGUCUGAUCGCAUCUUCGGUAUGACGCUCGUUCCGGAAGGCAAAGUUUGGAACUACGGCAUUGGCCUUACACAGCUUUGGUCAUCCAACUUGCCAUACACCAUGACGCUGGAUACGCCACUGCUGUUCUGGGCUGAAGAACAUCGCCCUGCGGCGUUCUUGACUUUCGCUAGCAUGGAACGUGGAGAUGAUAGUGCUGAUGUAGAAAACAGCUUUGCAUGAUUUCAUUAUUGAUCGCUUUUUGUUAUUGUAGUCGUCAUUGUAACCUAGUUCGCCUACUAGCAAUGUUA